UUUGUCGACAACGUGUUCCUAACACUCUCCUGACUCCGGACAUCGGUGAGGAGUCUUAGGUACUAUAUACAGGUGUCGCUACAGCGCGCAAAUCACGGGCGCCAUCUCAUGGCAGCCGCCGAAAUGAUCACUUUCAGAAAAGUCACUAGACUAUACCAUCUACGUGAAAAGUCCGGCAAGUGUCGUAUUCCGUGGUCGCGACACCGUGAGAGCCGCGCGGUGGAGACCGCACACUCUCGACUCUCGACUUCGGCAGUCGCGCAGCGAAUAAAGCGAGUUGCAUCGAAAACGCGAGCGAGAAAGGUGCUCCAUAUGUAUCUCGUCCGGUGCGUCGCCGUCGGCCAUUGUCUCUGACAUGGAAGCCUAUCAAAAUGGCAGAGGUCGUGCAGAUGUUUUUGUUCCUAUAUAAAUCGAAAUACCGUCGGAAAGGGCAGUGCCGUGAGGUGGUACGGGAUCAGUGCGGUGUAAUUGCAGUGCCGUGGCCGAUACUGUGGGCGGCGCUGAUCUGUUGGGUGGUGCACGUAACUGCGGCCGCCUCCUCCUCCUCGUCGUCGCUGACGACGGAAACGACCUGCGACACGGACAGUUGCAUCAACGGGGACUGUGUCAAUGGCACCUGCGUGUGCCACGAGGGUUGGCAGGGCUUGGCGUGCCAAUUCUGCGGCGGAAAAGUCAGACUGACGGAACCAACAGGAAACAUUCACGACGGUAUUGGCAACUACACGGCGGACGUAAAGUGUUCCUGGUUGAUCGAGAGCAACCCAAACUCCACGAUACGGAUGCACGUGGAGCAAUUCGCGACAGAAUGCGGCUGGGACCACAUGUACAUCUACGACGGUGACAGCGUCGAGGCGCCGUUGGUUGCCGUCUUCUCCGGAUUGAUGCACAAAGAUGGCUACCACAUACGGCGCGUGCCGGAAGUGAUCGCGCGCUCCGGAACCGCGCUGCUUCACUUCUACUCGGACGUCGCGUACAACAUGAGCGGCUUCAAUAUCAGUUACAAGAUCAACGCCUGCCCUAGCAGGUAUUCGCACACUGACUGUUCCGGCCACGGAGUCUGCAUCGACGGUGUGUGUACGUGCGAUGCCACGUGGACCGGUGAAGCUUGCGAGAUUCAAGUUUGUCCAAACAAUUGCUCCGAUAAUCACGGACAGGGCGAGUGUAACCGCGAGAGCCAUCACUGUGACUGCGUGCACGGUUUCAAGGGUUCCGACUGCAGCCAAAGAAGCGAUCGUGGAUUCUGGGAAAGCGUAUCCUACAAAAAUUUGUCACCGGAAGGUUCGGCUAGUCAUUGCUCCAUCGUUUGGAAGGAUUCAUUAUACGUAGUCGGCGGUGAGAGCUUUCAUCGCGCAAAAAUGAUCAACGUUUAUGAUUUCAAUGGAAACGUCUGGGAGACCCCUCACGUCGAGGGUAAGGUUCCUCUGCCUCGGUACGCUCAUUCGUGCGUACUCUUUGGCGACAAGAUAUUCAUGUACGGUGGUGUACUGCCUAAUUCUACGGUGACCAAUGAGAUCUGGGCGUUCGAUGUGUCGGCAAAAGUCUGGGAGAACGUAACGGUGCACGAUAACUUCCAUAACAACAAAACCAUACGUGGUGGGCCUUUAAAGGUAGCCGGACACUCUGCAACCUUGGUGCACGGAAAAAAAGAAAAGAUGGUGGUGAUAUUUGGCUAUUCGCCUCAGUAUGGUUAUCUGAACGAAGUUCAAGAAUGCUAUUUGGGUACUCGUGAGUGGCAAAUUGUGGAGACUGCUGGAUUCCCUGUGAAGGGUGGUUAUGGUCAUACAUCUGCCUAUGAUCCGUUGACGAAUCUCAUCUACGUGUACGGAGGAUACGUAUCAGAGACACAAAUCACACAGGUGUUAACCAGUCGACUAUACUCCUAUCAUCCUAUUAAUCGUGAAUGGAGGUUGCUCACAUCAGCACCAUCGGCUCGUUUCUUUCAUACGGCUGUAUUCGUUUCUGGUGGCUUGAUGAUCGUCUUUGGCGGUAAUAUGCACAACGAUACGCAACAUUCGGACGGAACGAGGUGUUAUUCAGCGGAUACGAUAGCGUACGACGUUACGUGCGACUCGUGGCAUCAGUUUUCUAUGCCGAAGGAGAUGACCGAUCUGCCUAGGUAUGGACAUACUGCAACUGUAUUUGAGAAGUCCAUGUACAUUUAUGGAGGAUUCGAUGGACAGAUGUUAUCUGACAUGUCAAGGUACACACCAGGGAACUGUGAACACUUGAUGAAUCAGAAUCAGUGUUUGAACGCAAGGACAGGCGUGAAGUGCGUGUGGGAUAAGAGAGAGAAUCGGUGUAUACAGAUCACUAAGAUACCACGACACGUGCUUCUUAACGACGACAUGCACGACGGAAUUUACAUGAGGUGCCUAGACGAUACGCCACCUCGUGGGAUGACGUCUCACAAGGAAUUAUGCAAACUGCUCACAGACUGUGUGGCAUGCGUACAGACUUCGUACAAUUGCGUAUGGUGCGGCAAGAGUUGCUCGUACGAGAUUUGCCGAGACAACGCUAACGCACCUCCGACUAAGGCGAUCACCGAUCUGGUACAGUGCGACCCUCACACUGGCAUAGAGUGCUUACAAUUGCACACGUGUCAUGCGUGCUCCAGUAAUCCACAUUGCAUCUGGUCUUGGUCGAACGGACCUGAUCGGUGCAAGCCGUACUCGAAGGCUCGAGACCAAGUGACGAUUUUAAACGGAACUAUUCAAGCGCAGAGGCUGUCCAUAGACUCUUGUCGCAGUCCUUGCGUAGACUACACUUCCUGUAAAAAUUGCACAGAGUCUGAUUGCAUCUGGUGUCAGAACGAGAAGAAAUGCGUGGACAAAAAUGCGUAUCCUGCGAGCUUCCCUUACGGGCAAUGUCGCGAGUGGACUACGAUCGAUGCGAAAUGUCGGCCGACGGAAACGGGGAAAGAAUGGUGCACGUUUUAUUCGUCUUGUACGACGUGCCGCUCCGAUCCUGGAUGUGGAUGGUGCGAUGAUGGUUCAGGGACAGGGAAGGGACUCUGCUUGCCAGGUGGGGCUCGUGGUCCAAGCAGUAAAAGCUUGGACGCAUGCCCGUUCGAACGAUGGUACUUCACUAAAUGCCCUACUUGCCAAUGCAACGGGCACAGCAAAUGUCUCUCGAAUAGCAGCAUAUGUAUCCAACCAUGUGGAAAUUUGACAUACGGACCUCACUGCGAUAAAUGCAUUCCCGGCUAUUACGGCAAUCCACUGAAUGGAGCGACUUGCCAACCCUGUUUUUGUAAUAACCAAGGUACGCAGUGUACCAGCGAGACGGGCAAAUGUUUCUGUACAACGAAAGGCAUUAUCGGGGAUCAUUGUGAACGAUGUGACGUGUCUAGCCUUUAUCACGGAGAUCCUACCAAUAAAGGAUCGUGUUUUUAUGAUCUGGCGAUCGAUUAUCAAUUUACGUUCAAUUUAAGUAAAAAGGAGGACCGUCAGUACCGAGCGAUCAAUUUUAAGAAUUCUCCGCCAAAACCCGAUAUCGAUGCUGAGUUUUCCAUUACGUGUUCCGUAUUGGCUAAAAUGAACAUUACCGUGAAGAGAGGGAACACGCCGGAAAUACCGUUGAUUCUUGGCGCGAAUUGCACCACCAACAUGUACAAGCAUCGAUUUAUCAAAGACGGUUACGGUUUCGGUAGCGAGAACAAUAAUACAUUGACCACGUUCUACGUUUACGUGUACGACUUCCAGCCGCCUGUGUGGAUUCAAAUUUCCUUCUCGCAAUAUUCCAAACUCAACUUGCAACAGUUCUUCAUAACAUUUUGCACAGAUUACAUGCCUAGGUGCUUCCUCGCUCUCCUGUUGGUGGCUGCUGUCCUUUGGAAGAUUAAACAAAAAUAUGAUAUGUACAGAAGAAGACAGAGAUUGUUCGUAGAAAUGGAGCAAAUGGCCAGUAGAGCGUUUAGCCAGGUUUUGGUAGAAAUCGAGAGGCGGGACAUCGAUAAUUCUGACUCCGAGCGAAACGAGUCCGAGUUAAUCAAUUGUCGCAAGAAGAAAAAGGAUGCCCCUAGUCCGAUCGCGUUGGAGCCCUGUUGCGGUAACAGAGCAGCGGUCCUGUCGUUGCUAGUCAGACUGCCUACUGGCGGUGAACCUUACACGCCGGCUGGUCAGAGCGCUGGUUUAGCCGUAGCAUCUGCGUUAGUUACGCUGGGUAGUCCGCGGAGGCCUUCUCAGGAAUUGACGACGAAGGAACCGACAAAAGCACGAAAGUCUGCCAGCCAACACCCAGAUUCCACAUGCAUUUAGCGAUAAGGGCACGAAAGUAGAGACUUUUAAAGUGGGUGACUAUAUGAGCCUUAGACAUGUUUCUGUGAUCUUGCCUUAGCGAACGGGCAGGACUGUUCAAACUCUUCGAACUCUGAUAGAGUGAAGUGUGUAAUUAUUCACUAAUUAUUAUUCUUAAUUUUUUUUCACUUUUUCCGUUCUUUUCAUUUUUGUUCGUUCCGCGACGAAUCUUCGUUUCGAUCCAUAUUUUCCAAGGUGAAAAUCGUGUCCGUUAUGCUCAACGGAUCGGUCAGUUAAGUGGUUCUACUAGUGUAUGGAUUUUUGUUGUGAAACGGGGGCCGGCCGUGUUUCGUUCAGCCGAUAUUUGGUAAGUAAAUUAAGUCCAUGAAUCGCAAAUCCACGGCAUAACGUGUGGGCAUAACACGCUUGACGGAUUCGAGAUUCCUUUCAUUGUCAUUUAAAUUCUUUCGUUUUUGUCAUGACGAUGUACAGUGUUGUAUAUAGAACUGUUCUGCGGUUUAUUUUUCUUCAUUUACACGUUGCGAACGAACGGAAUCGAGUUCGUCCCGCGAUCAUCGACGUGUCUUCGAAAAAGGAGCUAUAAGAAUAGAGAUCGAACGUUGUAAUAAAGUUACUAUUCAGCGUUGUCCUUUAGUUACAAGUUUCGGUGAAUCCGUGGCAGUGGUGGCUGAAAAAAUUAGCGACAGAUAUCGGCGAACGAAAUAAUAUACGUAUCGAGAAAUUCGAUUUGCCGGAUGUAGUACGGACGUGUAAUUUUCGUUCUUCGUUUUUCUUGUAUAGUUGUGUAAAUACGUGUAUGUUGUAUAUCCCAAGUGAAAGAUCAUGAUCAUGACACACGCGAGCUGUACAGAUAUAAAAUUGAUUCGAGGGAAGAAGGAAAGUAGCGGAAAGCGAGUGACAAGGAAUAUAUCAUCUUUUGUGUAUUUGUCUCUUUCUAGUAAGUGGUGAAGAAUCAAUUCUAAAUUAACGGAAAUGAAUAGAGGCGUAUCUUCGUAUUCGGUAUACCUAUUUAUCUAUUGUGCCAAAGCAUUUUUAUAUUGGUAUCGUUAUUUAAAAAAAAAAAAAAAAAAAAAAAAAAAGGGAGAAAAAAGGUAUUAGAACGUCAUUGAUGUUGAUACGAAUUUUCAUUAACGAAUCAAUUUUAAUCUCGAAAGAUUGUCAUUAGCACAAGCAUAAAAGUCCAAUUUUUGGAUUUUUAUGACACGGCAGAAUUCAUUCCUUUCAUUGAUUUGUCUCUAUUCGUUUCCAUAGGGAAAGGAUUCGUUAUACGAUCGAAAGAUACGAAUAAAGGAAGCUGUCCAUUUUGCGUCGAGAUUUCUUUCUUUCGAAUUCGACAACGUAAUUUCGAUCGUAUAACGUGCAACAUAAUUUUAACGUAAUAACAAAGUGAGAGGGGGCCGGGCGGAGGAAGGAGGAGAAGGAUGUGGACGUUGCAAUAAACUGUAAGAAUUGCGGUUAUUCUUCGGUCGACGAUAAUGGUUUUCGUUUCGCUACAAGAUGGCAGUGCUGGUUGUUUCACGUACCAUACCUAAAGAGCAGCGUUCAGACGCUCGAUAUUAUAAUCAAUAUUCGUAUGUGUCGACUAUAAUAUCGAUCGCGCAAACGCUCCUCCUUAACCUUUAAUAGGUUUAAAACAGAUAGAGAACGAAAAAAGACAAACAAACGUAUAUGUUACGUGGCUGUGGUUUAUUUUUCAUUUAACUAUGUAUUAUCGUUCUUUCAUUUAUAUUACCGAUAUAUAUAAAUUUCGUAUAUUUUUUGCGUGGCCAAUAAACGAUAGCUGCUUCCGUUCUGAAAUUUAGAAUGAUCUCACGUUCUUACUUUCUGUUCUGAAUAUGGAAGCAGCUCUUACUAUCCCGUGUUCCAUAAAAAAGAAAGAAAUUAUUUUGUGCAUUCUGCCGUGCAAAACAGUUUCUUAUAAUUAACCUAUAUAACUUAAACCUCCAGCUCCAGCACUUGCAUAGCAUACACACAAAAUAUUUGCGUAUACGCGUCGUCUAUUUUAAUCUCAGCUCCAAUAAUAGAGUUUUUAAUGCGCGUGCAAUUAUUUUAUCACACUGUUCGUAAUAAUUACGGGAUCUCCUGCUUGUUGCACGGAAUAAGUACCAGAAACGAGAGAAAAAUGCCGAAUAUAGGAUUAUUCGUUGUAGAAAUUUUUAUCUAGUUUUCUUUUUAUUCGCGUAGUCGAGAUCAGCUUUCAAUGUUCAAAUUUACUACGGUUAAACAGAGGAUCCUGUAAUUAUUUUGUGCAUGGUAUAAGACUCGAGUACACCAAGAGUGUCAAUUUAGCAUCUUUAAGUUUUGGUCGAACUUUCUUUCACAACACCAAACAUUUUUAACCGAUUUCUAUAUUUUUUGACAGUAUUUCACGAACACAGCGUAAAAGUAUCAGUUGCUAUACACAUCUCUACAGCUAAUACCAGAUUCGUCAGAUAUUUUGUUUCCAAUGAUUCAUUCAAAUUCUACCUCGACGAUAUAAUUUAUUAUUUCGUGAAUGCAUCCUUGUGUUUAGGGUCCAACGUAAUUCUUAAAAAUAAAUUUCUUAACCGAAAAAUUAGUACUUUUAAUCAUGAUUCGUUGAGUUGAAUAGCGUUAAAAAGUAUAGAAACCGGUGAAGAAUCUUUGGUGUCCGAAAACGAGGUUUAGCCUCGAAGUUUUCACAAGGAAUACGAGUGAUGUAGACGUUUUCUUCGUCCUCUUUUUUUUUUUUUUUUUAUUUUAACCGUUGUAUAGCACAGGAUCAAGUGCAAUGCAUUACGUUUUACCAUGUAAUACUCAUCGAGUCUCUUUCAUUCUCUCUACUAUACUCGAAGCCUCUUAUUGUGAGGGUGCAACCAGACACUAGCCAAUACGUUGUACAUGAUUUAAAUUGUGACAAAGUUACCCCUACUAUUCUCAAGAAUCGUUAUUACCUUAUUAGAAAAAGAGAAUAAGAACUAUUUACUCUUAUCUCUUGAUCGUGCUCUGGUUGCACUCAUAUAGAGAAUAGUGUACAUUUUAUUACCGUAAAGAUAAUUUAAUUUUUUAUACGACUGUUUUAUUUUUGUUUGUUCUCUUUCUUUUCUCUCUCUCUCUCACUUUCUUUCUUUCUUUUCUUUUCUUUUUUUUUUUAACAAAGUAAUAAAAGCGGCGAACUUUCUUUGUUCUGCGCGAGAAUUUAGUUGUACAUAAUACGAGUAUAGAUAACGUUACAUUAUAUUUAAUGAAAAUAGGAGUGCAUAUAUUGGAUAAAUUGCUCAACUUUUGAGUAGAUCCAUCUUUAUUACUUCCAACGAUAGUUUUCUCUUCUACCAAACCCUUUUCUUUUUAUAUUUAAAAUUUAAGUUUCUGUUCACUCGAGGGAAAAGUAUUUAAUACAAUGCCAAGAAAUAUACAAGAUGAGAGAAAUAUUCGUGAAAAAUCAUUAGAGGACGAUGCUUUGAUCGAUGAAUAUUCUUCGCCCCCGUUCUCUUCUUUUUUAUCCAUUGCAUUUGUCGAGGUGUCUUGAUACUGCCAAUCUUUGUCUAUUCCUUACUUAACUUCUACGAUCUACCCGUCUUCGAACGCAAAAUGCCUAUCAUUCAUUCACCCGUUUAAUCGUUGGAACCUGUUGUUGCUAAGAAUUUUUCUUCGGUGCGUGGUUACCAGGCAAAUCUUUGUCUCGAAACUUUGUCCAUGUAUUGAAAAUCGAAAUUGAAAACAAUAUUUUUUUUUUCUUCUAAAGCCAAUAUCUUUGAAAAAUAAUGGAGAAAUUACGGAUAAUUACGGAUUUUGCUGUAUCGUGGCUUCUACUGUACCAAUUGAGAGUCAAAGACAAUAUAACGAUAGCGAGGGAAGAUCUACAAAUGGCCUCGGGUGUACGGCUGACUUCAAACACGCUAUAGCUUCGAAAGUCACAGAUGACAUUCUUGAUACUUGAAGAAGCCGUGGGGCUAACUAUGUAGACCCUAAACUAGGACAAAAUCGCACACCGUUGUUGUUCAUACACGUGAUCUACCCUCCUUAAUUCGUCCAGAGACUUAACCCUUUACUACUACUGCAAAACGAAGAUAUAUUUCUUCUUUAGCGAUUGACAUUAAACAUUUAGUUUUUAUAUAAAAGAAAAUCAGACAUAAACGAAUGACACACGAAUGCAUGAAAUAAGACGUGAAAAAAUUAAAAGAUUUUCUGAAACGGUGUUGCUCAGUUUGGUUUUUAAGUGAUUUGUCAGUUCAUCGACAUUAUCGGUUGAUCGAUUACGCGUUAUGCAAAGAAGUUUGCACUCAAUAGGAGAAGCCAAGGGUUAAUCGUAGUAUACUAAAGAGACAGAGACCAUGGAAAAGAAAGAGAAAUAAUGGAAUAGCGACGAUUCCGAAGAACGUUGUUUGGUUAAUGCGUUCAUAUAAUUCAGUCAUAGCGUAUGUAAUAUACUAGACCAAAUCUCUUAGAUCGUUAGUCCGUAAGGACAGGCGAUUAUAGCGUUGGACGUACGUAGGAUAAAUACGAUGUUUUCCAAACGCCUUCGAGUUCUCUCGAAAGCAGGAAACACAGAGACACCGUCAUCGUUCAACGUCAUCGUGCAAUGUGUCUCGUAUUGAUCCUUGGUCGAAGGAAACGCGCGGUUUAGUGUUCAACCAUUUUUAAAGGAAUAUCGGAUGGAGAAACGGAGUGGGAAAAAAUGACAUAAUAGAAUUAUAUUGAUGUCCGUCGUGGGAUUUUAAAGGGAUUGCGAAAUUUUCAAGAGACAAGAUCUGUAUCUAGGGCCUAGGUUAUGUCGGAUCUGUACACGGUCUAGCUCUUCGGGACUUUCGAGCCAAGGUCUCUAGAACGUUUAAGGCAUCCAAGAUACUUGGAUCUACGGGAGAGCUAAACUUUGAGAGCUUUUAAAGUCUCUAGGAUCUUUGUAAUCUUCAGAAUCGUUAGAAUUUCUGGACUAGAAUAUCACUGAGAUUGGUAAGAUGCUUCUAGGAUAAAUAUGCUUCCGUUCUAAACAGAACGUCAAGGGUUUCGGCUACCUGUAUAACUCGUGAGGUUUCUAUGAUUUCUAAGACUUUUCUUUUUCUAAUAAUCGUUGUUAAUUAAGGAUCUCUAGGAUUUCUAAAACUUAUAGGAUCUUUAUCCCGAUGCUAAAGCUCUUAUUAUCCUUGAAACGUCCUCUAGAAACUUGAAGAUAUCUUUGGGAUUUCUUUCCAAUAUCUCUAGAAUUUUUACAUUGUCGAGACAACCUAUCUAUAUGUAAAUAUGCGCAUUUAGACCCUUGAAAAUUGAAAAGACGACGCGACAUCGAUAUAUUAUAAACACGACUGUUCGUCCAUUACAGAAACAGGAUAAAGAAAAAAUAAUUCAUAUUCAUUUACCAUAUUCCAUGUUUUCUUCCUUCCCUUUUUAUUCUCUUUCGAAUAUGAUCGACGAGAUUGACAAAAGAAUUUUUAUUCGUAAGCUCGCGGUCCAGCCUCGAACCGAGUUUGGCGUUUAACGUUUAAGAAUACUUAACUUAACUUGUAAGUACGAUAGGUAGGUAGGUAGAUAGUUAGGUAGGUAGGUAGGUAGGUAUAUUACAAUAACGAGUAUAGCUUGCAACAACAAUUUUUCUAGGACACAAUUGAAAAUAUUUAUUUUUAUUCAAUCGUAAGCGUAAGGAUACUGUUUGAUAAAACGACAAAAAAAAAUUAAACGAAAUAAAAUGAAAUAAAACAAAGAAAGAAAUAAAUGAAAGAGAAAACGGUGAAACAUUAUUAAUAAUUGUAAGAGGGAGAAAGAGAGAAUGCGGUAGCGAGUAUACGUUAAAAUAAAAGUAUAUACGUAAUACUGUGCAAAAGUCCAGAAAUCUAGAGACCAUCCGUUAAACGAAAAUGUUUCAGCGAUAUUUUAUUAGAAACUGUCAGAAAUCCAAGAUUUUGCGAUUAAAUCGUAAAAGAAGAAAAAAUGUUGUCACUGUUAAAUAGUCGAGCAGAUAAUAAUUUUUUGCGGCAAUAGUUGUUCGCAUAACAAAUAUCUCAAAAAUGUACAUUUCUCUGUCUUGUUAUACUUCGAUAUGUAAAUUAAAAUAGACAGAUAGCGUAGGACUUUUGCAGGGUAUUUUAUUUCUAGAAUUUUUCGCGUGUACAGCUCCGUUUAAAUCAUCGUACACAUAUACAUAAAUUAACGAACGGAGAAACGGACACACCUACGACAACACAUAGAGGAUAAGAGAAUCGUUACCCUUAAAACACGUGUGCUCGGCGUUCCUGUAUAUGUACGUGUAUGUUGCGCGUAUGAUAAUUGAGUCGGCGAUACAGAUUGUGUGCAGGAUGUUAUCAUUGCCUUGUUGUCAUAGUUCUCAUUAACGUCAUCUGUUAGGAAGAGAGGAAGCACUCCAAUUGUCAGAGUUCAGGGUCUUACUGGCGUUGUAAGUGGAAAUGACCCGUCACUAGUCCGACACUAUCGUCCUCUCUCUCUACAUAUGUUUCGAAGAAUAUACAUACAUACGUAUAUUGAAUAUUUUGAAAUUAUUUUAUAGCGUUUUCAAAUACAUACAACUGUCGUAAAAUAUACAUAUGUAUUUACAUACUGUUUUUUUAUGUUAGAUAAAAUGGUAAUAAAUUUAUUUAUCGUAUACCAGCAUUUUGAUAUAUUUUAAUUCGUGGAAAAUUGGUAAGGAGAAGCGAAACAACCGCGAAGAAUUUCCGUCUGUAUUAUUAAAUCGUAUUGUUACAUUUUAUUUCAAAGUUCCAGUUUUCCAGACACGUAUAUUUUUAUUCCAAAAUUCGGAUAAACUUUGUCUCAAAGUUCUAGGUAAAAUACUUUCUCUUAUUUUAAAAUUCUAUCCUAAAAAGGGAAUAUAAAUGAUUAACUUUUUCAUCGAUCGGGGGGUUCAAGUGCGGCUACACACGGGUCGACUGGCGAGAAAUUUUAGUCAAACCACAUCUACGUUAGGCAGCCACGGUUGAAACGAUCAAGCCGUUUAACUAAAAAUAGAAGAAUGCGAUACUUUUAGUCGGCGGUCUAUACAAGUUUUGAAUAAUUUCAAAGUUGCCUGAUGUAAACGAGGUUUAAGUCGUUCCGUGCGAUCGGAAAAAUUUGGUCUACCAGUCGACUCGACCAAUUGCAUAACCGACCAAUUUAGUUGACCCGUACGUGUCCGCUCUAAGAAUGCAACGAUACGAGCCUCGAUCAAAGUCAACAACAGCGUCGUAUCAGAGGUUAAGCGGUUAAAGUUGAGGAAAUACGGUGACGUUAAAGAGAGCAAAUUGCAAACUUUGAACUCUCUAUAUUAUACGAUUUUGCUUCAAAUUCGGCGUAUUUAUUCGACGUAUCUUUCAGAAAAAUCUUCAUUUACCAAAGAUUCUCUCAUCUUCCCUUCUAAAAAAAGAAGAAAGAAAAAAGAAAAGAAAAGAGAAGAAAGGUUUAUCAACGAUUAGGUUUAUCAACAAAUGAUUAGUUUUCUUUUAUCAUCUGUAGGAAUCGUUCCUUUGACAUUUGGAGUCUUCCAAGAACCGUCUGUUAAAAUCACACGAGCUUGAUUACGAUUGUUCUCGUCUUAUACGUAUGUGUCUUGUCAUUCGUAUGUACAUACAUCUAUUUGCGGCGUUCAGCCGAGACGGCAAGAAUGGCUUCCGUGUACUAUAUUUAGUCUACGAUCAAUUCCCUCUUUCUUUUUUAUUCCCUCUUCGUCUAAUUUAUUAGUGUGCAUAUGCAAAAAAAAAAGGAAGGGAUAAAUUUCUCUUCAUGAAAAAUGUAAAGAACGAAAACGAAGCUUCGUAUCGUAUCGAUCGUUUACCGGUUAUGGGAGAAUCGACGGCAGAUUUCACGUUAUUCGACGAAUUUGUAUACUGGUUUUGUUUGCUGAAAAAAAUAUGUCGAAUAAAAGGAUAAUCUCUUGAUGAACGACUCGAUCGAAAUUUCUUCGGCAAGGUAUAUUUUUCCCACUUGCGUUCUAAUUCGUGCGUCGUCGCGUUCUUGCCCUCUUUUUUAUUGUUCAACUAAUUAUUCUAUCGCUCUAAUCGCGUCACAUGCUCUUUGCAACGUCAAGGAAAAUGCAAUAAUCAAAGAAAAUUGAAAAUCGGUUGGUCGUUGGAUGUAACGAAUAGUGACGUACACACCAUGUACACCAUACAUCUAUCUUUAUAUACAUACCUAUCUAUGGGUUUAAAUUUAAAAAUGUAAAAACGAUAUACAGUACUCUCUAUGAUAUUUAACCUUUUAAACCUUUUACUCUCGAUUCGCUGUAACAAAUUAUUAGCUAACCAAACGAUAAAAGUGCCAUUUCUUAAUUAAAUUAAUUGAAGGUCGUUCAUUUUUUACGAAACAUGUUGUGAUUUUAGCAUGUUAUGUUUGCCUCGUAAUCGCUUGAAUAAUAAGAAUAUCACAAAAAACCUAUUUUCAUCUCGAUUGAAAAAUGAUUACGAUCAAGCUUCUGUCUUAUAUGGGCACGGUUAACCGUCCAAAAUGUGCACGCCUGUGUAAGAAACGGCUAGUAAUAAAUUCAUACGUGUACAUACUUUUACCGCUUAUCGCUUAAACUCAUCGAGCUUCCCAUUUCAAAUAUCAUAAACACGAAAUGAUUUUUCACCUUUGCUUCUCGAGACAUACAUCAACGAGGUAUCACACAUGGCGAAACUGUAACGUCGCAGUUACGUUUCGUUUCGUUUUUGCAACCUUAUCGUACGCAGCUAAACUUCUAGAUAAAAGAACGUUACUAUUACAGAGCCAACGGAGUAAGAGGCGAAAGGAACAAAUACCAGCUUAGCUCCGUUUCUUCGCUUAUCUUCCAGAGAUAUACGAAUGUACGUAAAGACGCGUGGCCUAACACGUUAUACGUAUGUUGAAUUUUCCAAAACCUUGAAUGAAAAGAUCAAAACGUUUCUUUUAUGGAGAUCAACAGGAGAAUUGCCGAUGUGGUUCGAUGACGAUACUUUUUCAAACAGUGGCAAGUGUCAUUUUUUUCAAUGGAACUCUGCGAGAAAAAGAAAAGACACGUAUCACGCUCGUAUUUUUGCGCUGAAAAUUUCAACGAAGAUAGGUGAAAGGGAAAGCGAAAGAGAAAUUAUAUUGUAGAUUAUUAACAUGUACGAGUGUGAAUGUAGGAGUGGAAUAAAAUGUAUUGUAUUAUAUUAAACGAGACAGAUAUUGUUUAAAUAAAGUUGAUAUACAUAAAGUUUCUUCAUUAAAA